AGAGAGGUAGACGGGAUGUGUAGAACUCGGGGGGUCCUGUCCAUUCUCAGGGGAAAUGCUGGCAGUGGGAAGCGGAUGGAGAGUGCGAUGGUCCUUUUCCCUUACCCAGCUCACCCUGCCUCUCUUUCCCCAUGGAACCGAAAUGUCCCUGACCUCCUCCAGCCCCGCAUCCCUGCAGUACCUUCAAGCAUCGGCCCCCUUGUGACAGCUCGCCUCUCCCAGGUGAUCUGAAUUGCCCCGGGGUGGGGAGAGCUGACCGUAGAUUCUCUCUCCCAUUACAGAACUACAUGUUAGACAGCUUUCUCUCUCUCUCAUGCAAACACAUACACAGGCUGCAAAAGAGCAGCGCUCAGUGCUCAGAGAACUGGAACCUUAGCUGCACAGUGUAGACGGCAGGGCGGAUAUAUGCCAGUCCCUAUAGCCCUAUAGCACCAGCUUUCUGACUGCCUGCUUUCUCAGCUACAACAGGACAGUGUUCCCCCACCUCCUGUGCAGGGCAGGGCUUGGGACGGGUACCUGCCUCCGUCUCACCUGAUACCUGCCUCCCAGCCGCCUUCUAUAAAAAGCUCACCCAUUCCAAAGUUCCAUCUCCCUCCGUCCUUCCCUUCCUCCCACUUGUCCUCGAUUUCCAAAACUCAAAGGUUGUGGAGGUAGUGGAUUUGACAGACGCACGCACUCACAGAUAGACACACAUUAUACACACACACACACACACAAAGACAGAGCAUGGCUUCAUUGAGAAGAGCUUUCACGCCGUUUCUCAUCCAGGACAUCUUGUCGCUUCAGGAAACUUCGCCAGGCAGCUUUCCCAGGGGAUUCCGUGGGAGCAGGGAGGAGGCAGGACAGGGCAGCGUCCUCCAGCCCAACGCGGAGCCCCUCUCCCACAGCGGCCUGGAGCUGGGAUUCACAGGUCAGGCUCUGGGGAGGACAGAUUCCACCCAGUUGAGCAGUGCCAGCCAUGAGAGGACAAUGGUCACACCCAGGGCUCUGAGAAGCCCCAGGAAGAAGCGUUCCCGAGCUGCUUUCUCACAUUCCCAGGUGCUGGAAUUGGAACGGAGGUUCGACACUCAGAGGUACCUGUCAGCCCCAGAGAGGGCUGACCUGGCCACUGCCCUGAAGCUAACAGAGACCCAGGUGAAAAUCUGGUUCCAGAACCGCAGGUACAAGACCAAAAGGAAGAUGCUGGCUGCCAGGCAGAACUGUGCUGUGGUGAAGGAGCAGGCAGCUCCAAGAGAAGGGAGCUCCCAAGUACCCAUACUGUCUCCCUACCCAAGCUACCGCUAUUACCCUUACUUCUACUGCCUAGCAUCUGUCCCAGCAACUGUCUGCUGACCUCCUGAUGGCCAUUAGCCUGAAAGGACUCUGCACUUUAUUUAUUUCAUCAGCGGUGGCUGCAAUCAGUUUUUUUUCACUUCACAGGUAAAUGGGUGCAAAAUUCCACCAGCCCUGGUCCAUUCCUCCCAUCUCUUUUGGCAUCAAGGUGAAUAAAACUGACAGUCAAUAUUUUCUCUGCUACUUUUAUAAAAUAAAGCAACCCCUUUUUUAUUGCCA